UGAGGUCUGAAAAUCUGACCCGACUUUCGAUGUUGUUUGUCGUGCGGCUGCUCCCCUUCGUUUCUUGUCCAGCCUUCCACCUCUGCGAGCGCACGAUCGAGCCCAUGACCGACGACCGAGCCCGUCUGGUGCGACCUCGAAACCGCCGACGUAGAAAAUAAACGCCGCCGCCAUGGCCGUGGGCAGACGACCGAGGCUCCUCGUCGCCAUGGCGAUCGUGGCGAUUGUCGCCCUCUUGACAUUCCACCAGCGCGACGCCAUCGCCGACAUACGCUACAAGUACGUGUCGUCCGGCGGGACAGCAACACAUUCGCAGAAGACGGGCCAGCCCGACCCAGAAGCGCACAAGCUGCCAUGGGCCGACUCGUUCCGCGACCACUUCCGCGCCGUAACGCGCCUCAAGGGUCUCACCAUGGCCGAGGCGAAGGCCGGGUGCCACUGGCCUGAGGACCAAUACGUGAAUUUCCAGUACAGCCCCGAUACCGAGUGGGUGGUAACGCAGCGGUCCGACACCGAAAUUGUGUCGCGUCGCAAGCUCUGGCAGGAAUACGUCGAGCGGCAGAUGAUCCCGUGGGACAAAGUCAAGAACAAGUUUGCAGGGAAAGGCAUCGUCGUCGUGGCCGGCACCUCCGACACGGUCAUGCGGCUCAAGGUGGUGCUCCGGCGGCUGGCCAAGCUGCAGUCGAAGCUGCCCGUCGAGGUGCAUUACUGGGACGACGAGACGGACGAGAACACGCUGAAGGAGCUCGCAGGCAUGCACCACGCCAUCUCAUUCAACGACCUGUCCGACCCGGCGACCAACAUCAUCCACAUCCGCAAGGACCGCCUGGUCAACUAUCAGCUCAAACCGGCCGCACUCAUCAACUCCAAGUUUGCCGAGCCGCUGCUGCUCGACUCGGACAAUGUCCCCGUGCUGGACCCGGCGGUGCUCUACGAGUCGCGCGUCUACCGCGAGUACCACACCGUCUUCUGGCCCGACAUUGCACGUUCGCGGCCGCAGAACCCGGCGUGGGCGCUCACCAACACGGCGUGUCGCACGGACGAGUACGAACAGGAGAGCGGGCAGCUGAUGGGUGGACAAGCGGCGGGCGACUACUGGAACGAGUUCCUGCUGGGCGACAAGGACAUGUUCCGGUUCGCAUGGCACGCGCUCAAGACGGACUUUGGCCGGCCUAGGAAGUGGCUCACCAGCGUCGGCACGCUCAACGAGGGAUUCUACUGCGGGCACACGUUCGCGCAGCACCACCCGGACGACGGGCGCGUCGCCUUCAUGCACGGCGGGCUGGCCAAGUUCGUGGCGCUCGAGGUGAUUCGCUGGAACAAGGAGGAGCGCGGCGGGUACUUCCGCCACUACAAGCGCGCGCCCAGCGACGAGGACCCGUCCGUCAGCGUGCACGUCGACAUCAUCUUUGACGGGGCCGACUACAAGCCGAACCACACCGAGAACUUCAAGGUGACCAUGUGCACCGAGAUGAAGGACGUCGAGGCCAGGGACUUUGACGAGAUCCUGCCGGGGUGGGAGAAGGAGUACCAGGCGGUGGGCGGUUACUGGCAGCUAGAGCAGGAGACGCGGGAGAAGGCAGAGGCCGGGAAGGCCAAGGGUGGGGGCCCAUAA